CGCCGCCAAAGCUUGCGCGGGGGAAGCGGGGCCGCGGCUGGGUUGGGUGAGGGCGGACGAGGCAGUCUGUGAGACGGCCUGCAGCCGCCGCUGCUUCUCGGCACGCGGGCGCGCUCUGACCCUUCCUUUUUGGGCUGCCUCGCCGGCGCAUGCACGGUCGGCGUCCCCGGGCCUCGAACUCCAGGGCCUCGCCGGGCAGGCCGCGGAUCGCCCACCCCUUCCCCUAGUGUGAAUCCGCCGGGACCCGGCCGCCGCCAAGCGCGGGCGCCACAGGAGCGGCGGCGCCAAAGCCGCGCCCCAGGCUCGGAAGAACCGCCCUGAGUGGCAGCCUCGUCCUCUGCAGCCGAGCGGCGGAUGUUCUUUUAAAGAAUUAUUGAAGACGAAGUUUUUUUUUUUUAAUGGCUUUACAGAAUUUUAAAUCGAAUACAAUUUGACAUGACGGCAAAAAAUGUUGGUUUGACUUCUACAAAUGCAGAACUGAGAGGAUUUAUUGACCAGAAUCUCAGUCCAACAAAAGGUAACAUUUCAUUUGUUGCAUUUCCAGUUUCCAGCACCAACUCACCAACAAAGAUUUUACCAAAAACCUUAGGACCAAUAAAUGUGAAUGUUGGACCCCAAAUGAUUAUAAGCACACCACAGAGACUAACCAGUUCAGGAAGUGUUCUGAUUGGGAGUCCAUAUACCCCUGCACCAGCAAUGGUUACUCAGACACACAUAGCAGAAGCUACCGGCUGGGUCCCAGGUGAUAGAAAACGAGCUAGAGAAUUUAUAGAUUCUGAUUUUUCAGAAAGUAAACGAAGCAAAAAAGGAGAUAAAAAUGGAAAAGGUUUGAGACAUUUUUCCAUGAAAGUGUGUGAGAAAGUUCAGCGGAAAGGUACAACGUCAUAUAAUGAGGUGGCUGAUGAGCUGGUAUCAGAGUUCACCAAUUCAAAUAACCAUUUGGCCGCUGAUUCGCAGGCUUAUGACCAGAAGAAUAUUAGGAGAAGAGUUUAUGAUGCUUUAAAUGUGUUAAUGGCAAUGAACAUAAUUUCAAAAGAAAAAAAAGAAAUCAAGUGGAUUGGCCUGCCUACCAAUUCUGCUCAGGAAUGUCAAAAUCUUGAGAUAGAGAAGCAGAGGAGGAUAGAACGGAUAAAGCAGAAGCGGGCCCAGCUGCAAGAACUUCUCCUGCAGCAAAUCGCUUUCAAAAACCUGGUUCAGAGAAAUCGGCAAAAUGAACAGCAGAACCAGGGUCCUCCAGCUCUGAACUCCACCAUUCAGCUGCCAUUUAUAAUCAUCAAUACAAGCAGAAAAACAGUCAUAGAUUGCAGCAUCUCCAGUGACAAGUUUGAAUAUCUUUUUAAUUUUGACAACACCUUUGAGAUCCAUGAUGACAUAGAAGUACUGAAGCGGAUGGGAAUGUCCUUUGGCCUGGAGUCAGGCAAAUGCUCUCUGGAGGAUCUGAAACUUGCUAAAUCGCUGGUGCCAAAGGCCUUAGAAGGUUAUAUCACAGAUAUCUCCACAGGACCUUCCUGGUUAAAUCAGGGACUACUUUUGAACUCUACUCAAUCAGUUUCAAAUUUAGACCUGACCACUGGUGCCACCUUGUCACAAUCAAGUGUAAACCAAGGGUUGUGCUUGGAUGCUGAAGUGGCCUUAGCAACUGGGCAGUUCCUUGCCCCAAACAGUCACCAGUCCAGCAGUGCGGCCUCUCACUGCUCUGAGUCGCGAGGCGAGACCCCCUGUUCAUUCAACGACGAAGAUGAGGAAGAUGACGAGGAGGAUUCCUCCUCCCCAGAAUAAAGACAGGAGAAAACCCACAUUUUAAUAUUUGAUGCUCAUGUGUGUUUUUAGUGUGAGCUCUUGUUUUUGAAAUGAUUGCUUCAGUCUUUGCCUUUGUUUGCACUGUGUGUUCAGUGAAAACUAGGGAAACACAAUAAGCAAAUUAUCUGAAGGCUGAGAUGAUUGAGAUGAAAGUUCACAUAGCAUGAAUGAAAACUCUGAAUGACAGAGCCAUGGAUCACACCGCAAACAAAGCGGUUUUCAGAGGUGAUAGAGGGGACAGCAGCAUGAAUGAAGCUCAUUUAUCUUCCAUGAGUUGGGAUCCUUGGGUUCCCCCACACCCACGUAACCCUCCUUAGAAUCAAGAUUGCUGUAGCGAAUAGCCAGUGACAUCACGUUUGUCAUGUCUCUCUUCCUCGACUGGGCUGCUUUUUACAAGCAGAAGUGACCGUGAGAGGAUCCAGUGAGGAUGAGUUGUACAGCGAGGGGUGUAGACAGCAAUCCUUGUGGUCUAAGGAGUUUAGAUUGAACUGCUGAACUAGUUGGAAGUCUAGUUGAGGUGCUUGGUGCAUCAGCUGCCUUAGACAGCUUCUAGAAAGGAACAAGCGCUAAUUCUUAAGUACUUAAGUGACAUUUAGAAUAAUUUAUAGUAAAACUGAAACGAUCAUUAUUAGCCAAUGCGUUGGUGCAUAGAAUUUUCUAGGGCUACUUCUGGAAGCCAAAAUAGAAUAGUGUUUCCAUGUGCAUUAAAUACUUUGCCAGCACUGCCUUUGCCAGCAUUUGAAAUCUGGAAUUUUACAGAGAAGGAAAUUGUAUCUGUAGUUUUAAUCAAAGCUAUGCAUUUCAUAUAGCUUUUUCAUUUAAAACAGAACCGAGAAACAAAUUCCUGUGACUGAACUGCUUGCUUAGAGUUCCCUACAGUGCUUGUAUGAUUUUACUCCGUGUGCAAUUUGUGAAAAUGAACCAAAUGUCAUUACUUUUGUCUUAAAAGAAAAGUCUACUUCAAGAAUAUGGACAGCAAUGUUUUCCUGUACAUGUCACCUUUUGUACAUUUUCGUUUAUUGAAAUUACCGUAUUUGGCUUAUUCCUGGCUAAACUGCAUUUCAAAUUAAUCUGCUAUUCAGUGUUUCACAGAAACACGGAAGAAUAUUGAUCACUCCAAA